GAAGCCCACACUCGUGUUCGGCACACGACUUGUGAGCCUUCACUUUACAUAUUAUUCCUGGAAACCCUCACGGUAUUGUAACCUGCCUCACUGUCUGUAUUUUGGGCGAAUAAUAACCAAAUCAUCUGCUGGUUCAGGUUUUUUUUUUCAUGUGAUCAUACAAAACCACAGCUGUGAAUAGAAUGGAAUCACAGACUGACAAAGAGCUGUUCUCUGGAUCCACUAAACAACCAGCAAACUCAGAGUAAAUGUUUUGGAGCUGGACCUUAUUUCAUUCUAUUUAGACUGUUGAAAAAGAGGUCAAAUGAUGCUGUAGUCCUUCAGCUUUACCAUGGCAGAGUCUGGGGCCAUCUCUACACAUAGCAAGCCAUUUCCACCUCGUUUUAUUCUCACAUUGUGUACCGGUAGAGGCUCGGGGUUUUCAGGGCCACCCACGGGUUUGCUCUUUGAGGUUCUCUUCCUGCUUUAGCUGAAAGAAAAAAGUAAAUACAGGGAGGGUGUCAACAAAGUUUCACAGUGAGGGAAGGGUGGGGGAGCUGCUUUAUGACUUUAUGCUGCAGCUCGUGUGUGCACUUUGUGGAACUGAAAUGACGAUGAAGACACAACUGGCCUGCGUUCUCCUUUUCAUCCAGUUUUUUGAAGCCUGUGCAGAGGUGGUCUUUGAGCAUCUCAAAGAGGGCCAGUCUUUGGCUCUCUCCGUGGUCCCUCGGCAUGACCAAAACCAUCUGACCGGCCUCCAUCUGUACCACCGCGGGGCACAAGGCCAGACCACAUUGCUGUCCCUGGCUGAGGGGGAGGAGGCCAGGAUGGACUCGGGGAGCCGGGCCCGCCUGCAGCUCCGUGGAGAACUGACCGCCCCCGAGAUCAACGUGAGCAUCUCCCACUUACAGCUGAGCGACGCUGGACUCUACAUGUGGGAGCUGAGCUACGGCCAGGAGAACAGCUCGGGUCAGACCCUCCUCAGCGGACGGAGGGUUUACCUGUGGGUGGAGGGAACAGGUCAGCAGCACUUCAGUGUGGAGCUCAUGCGGUUAGCUGAGCCUCUCCUCAGACUGGAUGUGUACCCAUGUGUUUUUGGUGCAGGGAGGUCGCACCAGUGCUCUGGUGGUUAUGUCCCUCUGCUCUUGACCAUCUUCUCAGCAGCAGUACUUCUCCUGGUCACACUCACCUGGAUGGUCAUUGACAAAUGUGUGAGGCGUCGUCACACACCACAUCCUCAUCCUCAUCCACCCAUCUAUGAGGAAAUGGACAGGAAGCAGAGGACCCCUGAAAGCCCCCAAAAUAGCUGCAGGGCCUCUUCACACCUGGAGGAAGUCGAUUUCCCCGUCUACGCCAACCCAAACAUCCGACAGCCUCAGGACAACUACUAUGCCUGCCCCCGACAGCUGGCCCACAAAAGUGGGACCACAACCGGCAUCAGCUCCGCUGCCAUGACCACACCAGAGUAGCCGUCCUGGACUUUCCCCACACCGCGACCCCACAGCCACAAACAAACAAACAAACAAACAACAAAAGGAGACGUUUUAACAGCCGAGAAAAAUGCUAUUUUAUUAAUAUUUGAAAGAAGCUCCAUAGUUCAUGAAAACAUUUGUUUCGGUGCAUGUCAUUUAACAAUCACAUUCUAUGAGGAGAAAGAGAUAUACAGAGAGAGAAAAUAAAACAUUACAAGCCACUGACUUCUCAAUAACUCUCAAUACAGACAUUUUUUACUUAAUAUCUCAAAAACUGAAAAAGGCAGAAAAAAGCAGC